GCAUUCUUCGCGAUACGUGGAUGUGUCGUAUGUAUAGCUAUAGCUAUAGAUACGUUUUGGAUUAACAUCGUAGCAUCCUGCUAGGGAUAUGCGAUACGAACUUUUGCGUGUAUAAAUCAGUGACAAGUGACGAGUUGAAUUUAUUGUGUCAGUAGUAAACGAAAGAACUUUUGAACUCGAGCAUAACGCUUACUCUUUGGUGUUGAACAAUAGUUUAAAGCUAUCUAAUUCGAAAAGAUGGCACCUAAUAUUAUUGGCAGCACCUUUAUUUUGGCAGAGACUUCCAUAGCCGAUGCCAACAACAACAAGAUGCCAGCUACGGCAACAGCUGCGCCGCCAGUAAAGGCCACGCCGCCAGCUCCAGCAAAGACCGCACCCAAACCAGUUGCGGUCGCAGCUGAAGCUACCAAGACAAAAGCAACACUGGAGCCCUUCAAAACGGAAAUUGUGUGGCACAAUAUACUGCUCUUCAUCAUACUGCAUUCAAGUGCACUCUAUGGUCUAUACUUGAUAUUCGCUGAGAAUGCCUACCUUGAAAUUAUUCCAGUUUACGCCACCACAUUCUUGGGCGGCUUGGGCAUUACGGCGGGCGUGCAUCGUCUCUGGUCGCAUAAGGCAUACAAAGCGAAGCUGCCACUGCGCAUAUUCUUGAUGCUUUGCCAGUCGCUGGCCUUCCAGAACAGCAUCUGGGAGUGGACGCGUGAUCAUCGCGUGCAUCACAAGUUCACGGACACACACGCCGAUCCUCACAACUCGCGUCGCGGCUUCUUCUUCGCCCACAUGGGCUGGCUGCUCUGCAAAAAGCAUCCCGAUGUGCGUAGCAAGGGCAAACAAAUCGAUAUGACAGACAUCGAACAGGAUCCCGUUGUCAUGUUCCAGAAGAAAUACUUCUUUGUGGUGAUGCCCAUCUGCUGCUUUGUGCUGCCCAUGAUGUUCCCCUACUUCCUGAUGGGCACUUCGCUGCGCGUCUGCUUCUUCACCUGCUCCAUGCUGCGCUAUGCUCUGUCACUGCACGGCACCUGGCUGGUGAACAGUGCCGCUCACUUCUACGGCAUGAAGCCCUACGAUGUUCACAUUAGCUCGGUGAACACCAAGCUCAUCUCCACCAUUGCUUUCGGCGAGGGCUGGCACAACUAUCAUCAUGUCUUCCCCUGGGACUACAAAGCAGCUGAGCUGGGUGACUACAAGCACAACUGGACCACUGCUUUCAUUGACUUGAUGGCCAAAAUUGGACAAGCCUACGAUCUGAAGAGUGUGUCCCAGGAGAUGGUCUACAAGAGAGUACGGCGCACGGGUGAUGGCUCUCACAUUGCCUCGCUGUUGGAUGCCAAUAAUAACAACAGCGAGCCCACCAGCGAGCUGGUCAUGCACUUAGAUCACGAGAAGGAGGAGAAUGUUUGGGGUUGGGAUGAUAAGGAUAUUACUGAGGAGGAUCGCAAGCUUGCGACAAUUGUGAAUGCUGAAGCUGUUUGCAAAAGGGAUUAGAUAUUUUCUCGAUUAAGUACGUUACUAAACCUUAAGCUUAAACAUUAACUAAAGAAGUGAGCCUCUUUCUGCCCUGACAUUUGGGACUGCAGUAUUUAAUUACAUUAAUUGUUUCUAUUUUCCAAAACGAAAACUCAAAAAAAUGGUGUCUGUCACAAAUCAAACAAAAACAAAUAGAAAUACAAAUUUAACGCAAUACAAGAAGCGCAGGAAGGAGGCUUACACACAUAAGAAAUACAACUAAUGGCUUCGAUUCCAAAAAA